UGGAGACGCUGAUGGAUGGUAGCCCUGCCCUCUCCCUGCCGACGCACCUUAUACAGGACAGGCUUGAGCGGGAGGACACCGGUGCGCUGCGCCCUGACAACCUCGUUGCCCCCUACUUGAGUACAGGUGGAUCUGACACCGGGACGCGUCAACAACCCCGCACUUCGACUUCUUCUCCAUCCCAUGAAGACGGGUCACUUUUUCUCUGUUAUCGUUUUCACCCUGCUACUCAGUUACUCAUCACAGUCCCAAUGGAUAUCUACAGCUCCGCGUUAUCCCCAGCGCUGGACAUCUGCACAGGUUGCUAUCUGCUGGUUGUAGCUGUUCUCUCCAUUCUGGGAAAUCUGCUGGUCAUCAUCAUGGCCAUCAAAAAAUCAUCGAGGAUGAAGCCGCCGGAGCUGCUGAGUGUGAAUCUUGCAGUGACAGACCUGGGAGCAGCUAUUACUAUGUACCCCCUGGCUGUGGCCUCUGCAUGGAGCCACCGCUGGCUCGGGGGAGACAUUACUUGUACAUAUUAUGGCCUGGCAGGGUUCUUCUUCGGCAUCGCAAGCAUCAUGAACCUGACUAUCAUGGCCAUAGUCCGCUUCGUUGUGUCCAUUAAUCUGCAGUCUCCGAGUGAGAAAAUCAGCUGGAUGAAGGUGAAGAUACUGUGCUUGUGGAGCUGGCUCUACGCUCUGAUCUGGGCUCUGUUCCCCAUUCUGGGCUGGGGACGAUAUGGCCCGGAGCCCUUCGGCCUCUCCUGCUCUCUUGCCUGGGGAGAAAUGAAAAAUGAGGGCUUCUCUUUUGUCAUCUCCCUUUUCUCCUUCAACCUCGCCAUGCCUUCUGUCAUCAUCAUGUGCUGCUACUUUGGCAUCGCCCUCAACCUCUAUUUCACCCACAAAAAGUCGAUGAACAACAGCAUCCGAGUCCCCAACAUUGUCAAGCUACAUCGGAGGCUGUUAACAAUUGCUGUGUUGAUCAGCGCCGGCUUCAUCGUCUGCUGGACGCCCUAUGGCCUGGUAAGCCUGUGGUCUGUUCUCCGUGACAGUAGCACCAUCCCGGCUGAAGUUAGUCUCCUGCCGUGCAUGUUCGCAAAGAGCUCCACCGUAUACAAUCCUAUGAUCUACUACAUCUUCAGCAAGAGCUUCAAAAGGGAGGUAAAGCAGCUGUGCUGGUUGUGCCUACGCUCGAAUUCCUGCCACGCCUCCAACAGCAUCAACGACAACAGCAUUUAUAUGGUUAGCACUAACAUCAAGCCCAGAGUAGCAACGCAAUAUACUAUGGAGGAGAUCUCAGAGUCAAAGAUAGUGACCUUGGGUUGAAAGACUUUUUUGGGAUAUGCUUGAGAGGAAAGACUUCACUGUUCAACAAAGACUUUUGUGCUGUUAACGAAUGAAUGGUCUCAUAAUGUGUUAUCUCACAAACCUUAUCAGGAUAGGUAGUGCUAUUAUAAUGUUACAAGCAGGUAAUGCUGGCCUCUUUUGUGUGAGGCCAGAAUGAAGUGUUUGCACAACAGGUUAAAUGCUGUGAAGGUUCAGCCAACUGAGCUAUAGAUUAGAUCUAACGUGCACAAUUGUAUGUACUUGCAAAAGCCAAUGAACAAAGUCAAAAAAAGAUUUAAUACUGUGCUUUCAGGUGGCAAAAAAUUAACACAAAAAAAAAAACAGAAGGAGGGGACUACUUACUGUUGAGUGAACAGCAAGAUGUAAAGGAAGCUAAUGUGACAGCCACACAGGGUUGAAGAAAGUUUUAAAACAUUACAAACCAAAGGUUGUACUGUAGAAUGGGACAAAAACCUUAUUUUUAUCUUUGAAAAAAAGAAGAGAUGUUUACUUUAAUGAUUCAGGUUUGAUCUGUGAUAGAUAGUCGUUUGAUUGAUGAUUGAAUAAUUACUUCUUCAUAGUUUUGUGACACCAAUCAGUAUUUUCCUAUAUAUAUAUAAGACUGUCAUUAUUCUUCCUUUUUAUUACCAACAAAUCUGGACCAAAACCAAAAAAAUAAGUACAGUGAAGGUAUUGCUCUUUUUUGAAUAGUUGGAUAUUUUGGGAAAUAAGCUUAUUCGGUUUCUUGCCGACAGCUACAGCCAGCUGUUAGCUUAUCCUCGCACAAAGACUGUAAACAGGGGGGAACAGUAAGGCUCUGUUAGUGAGCUUUAGAGGUUUAUUGCUGUUUCUGUCCUUCGUUGGAUGUAUUUUUAAUAAAAAGAUAAACUAAAGCUUCAUCCAGAACUAUGAAAAUAAAAGCUCUUUAGAAGUCAGUGUGCAGCUGAUUGUUAUGUCACCAGUGUAUUAAUGAAAGCAUUGUUUCACUGGAACUCCUCCAAUAACACAGCAACAGUAUAACAGCUUAUUAUUGUAUAUUAAUGACAAGUUCAUGUUUCUAUACACGCUUUUUGCGAACUGUCCAUUUCCUGCUUUACUCAGGGAUGAUUUUGAUGUUCACCUGCACUCUACAAUAGCAGCGGUGGACCCCCGCAGGAGUUCCCUUUUAACUUCCUCUUUCAAAAAGCUUGACAAAGUGGCAAACUGUUAGUUUUGGGAUUUUGCAGUGUCAUGUUUUUUUUUUUAGCUACUGGUGACAAUGUUGAAUUGUUUCUAAACUGUAUGAAUGUAGAGCUGUGAACCUUUUGCAUAUUUGUGUGCACAAUUACUGUACUUGUUUGAGAAAAAAACAGACUGCUUACAA